GGCAGUCAGUCCUAAGACUUCCAGAAAGACUGACAUUGAUUCAUCUCCCUCCCUCCUCUUUCUCCUUCUUCUAUUCUCUUCUUCUCUCUUUCUUCAUCUCGUUCUUUCCCUCAAAAUCAACACAAGAGAAUAGAAAGAGAAAACAGUUCGAAAAUGAUACCGUCUCAGGUUGUAAACACAUAUCCAUUGUCAAGCUACACCUUCGGCACCAAGGAGCCAAAGAUGGAGAAAGAUACCUCCGUCGCCGAUCGUCUCGCUCGUAUGAAAGUAAAUUAUAUGAAAGAAGGAAUGAGGACUAGCGUGGAAGGAAUUUUACUGGUUCAAGAACACAAUCAUCCUCAUAUUCUUCUUCUGCAAAUUGGGAACACAUUUUGCAAACUCCCAGGUGGUCGUCUCAAGCCAGGGGAGAAUGAAAUUGACGGCUUGAAGAGAAAAUUGACCAGCAAGCUUGGCGCUAAUUCACCUGCUCUUGUACCUGACUGGCAGAUCGGUGAAUGUGUUGCAAUCUGGUGGAGGCCAAAUUUUGAAACCAUAAUGUAUCCAUACUGUCCUCCUCAUAUAACCAAACCCAAGGAAUGCAAGAAGCUUUUCCUUGUCCACUUAUCUGAGAGGGAAUACUUUGCCGUACCCAAAAACUUGAAGCUGCUUGCUGUUCCAUUGUUUGAACUCUAUGACAAUGUUCAGAGAUAUGGACCAGUCAUAUCGACCAUUCCUCAGCAACUUUCCAGAUUCCAGUUUAAAAUGAUCACUAACUGACCGUAAUUGGAAGCUUAGACGCUGAUAGAAUUCUACUUCCAUUUCUUAUUUUGAGAACUAGGACUUAUUUGUUGCAUUAUCCUAAACCCUUAAUUUUAUUAUCAUUGCAUAAUCUGGCUAGAGAACUGAUUUUUGAAGUGUGUUUCUAAAUAGAUUUGUAAUUUGUAUCACUGUUUGUAACUUUGUAUUAAUUCAUUGGAUUGUUGGUUGAUAUAUUGCGGCUGUCAACCCAAGAUGGGAAACAACUCGCAUGCUAGGCCUGAAAAAGCCGAAGUUGAAAUCAAUACCGUGGAUGACCAUCGCUAUCACAUGGUCUGUUUC